UAUUCAGCUUGACCCUGAAGAAACUCGUCAUGCUGAAAGAAAUGGACAAAGAUCUUAACUCAGUGGUCAUUGCUGUGAAGCUGCAGGGUUCAAAAAGGAUUCUUCGCUCCAAUGAGAUUGUCCUUCCAGCUAGUGGACUGGUGGAAACAGAGCUCCAAUUAACCUUCUCCCUUCAGUAUCCUCAUUUCCUUAAGCGAGAUGCCAACAAGCUGCAGAUCAUGCUGCAAAGGAGAAAGCGUUACAAGAACCGGACCAUCUUGGGCUAUAAGACCUUGGCUGUGGGACUCAUCAACAUGGCAGAGGUAAUGCAGCACCCUAACGAAGGUGCUCUGGUGCUUGGCCUACAUAGCAAUGUGAAGGACGUCUCUGUGCCUGUGGCAGAAAUCAAGAUCUACUCCCUGUCCAGCCAGCCCAUCGACCAUGAAGGAAUCAAAUCCAAGCUCUCUGAUCGUUCUCCGGAUAUUGACAAUUAUUCUGAGGAAGAAGAGGAGAGCUUCUCAUCUGAACAGGAAGGCAGUGAUGAUCCAUUACAUGGGCAGGACCUGUUCUACGAAGAUGAGGACCUGCGGAAAGUAAAGAAGACCCGGAGGAAACUCACCUCAACCUCUGCCAUCACAAGGCAACCUAACAUCAAGCAGAAGUUUGUGGCACUCCUGAAGCGGUUUAAAGUUUCAGAUGAGGUGGGCUUUGGGCUGGAGCAUGUGUCCCGGGAGCAGAUUCGAGAGGUAGAAGAGGACUUGGAUGAACUGUACGACAGCCUGGAGAUGUACAACCCCAGCGACAGCGGCCCGGAGAUGGAGGAGACAGAGAGCAUCCUUAGCACUCCCAAGCCCAAGCUCAAGCCCUUCUUUGAGGGGAUGUCGCAGUCCAGCUCCCAGACGGAGAUUGGCAGUCUCAACAGCAAGGGCAGCCUUGGAAAAGACACCACCAGCCCUAUGGAAUUGGCUGCUCUGGAAAAAGUCAAAUCUACUUGGAUUAAAAACCAAGAUGACAGCUUGACUGAAACAGACACUCUGGAAAUCACAGACCAGGACAUGUUUGGAGAUGUGAGCACAAGUCUGGUUGUGCCAGAGAAAGUCAAAACUCCCAUGAAGUCCAGCAAAACAGAUCUCCAAGGCUCUGCCUCUCCCAGCAAAGUGGAAGGGGUGCACACCCCCCGGCAGAAGCGGAGCACACCCCUGAAGGAACGGCAGCUUUCCAAGCCCCUAAGCGAGAGGACCAACAGUUCUGACAGCGAGCGCUCUCCGGACCUGGGCCACAGCACACAGAUUCCAAGAAAGGUGGUGUAUGACCAGCUCAAUCAGAUCCUGGUGUCAGAUGCAGCCCUCCCAGAAAAUGUCAUCCUGGUGAACACCACAGACUGGCAGGGUCAGUACGUGGCCGAGCUGCUGCAGGACCAGCGGAAGCCUGUCGUGUGCACCUGCUCCACUGUGGAGGUCCAGGCUGUGCUGUCUGCCCUGCUCACCCGGAUCCAGCGCUACUGCAACUGCAACUCUUCCAUGCCGAGGCCGGUGAAGGUGGCUGCUGUGGGAGGCCAGAGUUACCUGAGCUCCAUCCUGCGGUUCUUUGUCAAGUCCCUGGCCAGCAAGACCUCUGACUGGCUGGGCUAUAUGCGCUUCCUCAUCAUCCCCCUUGGUUCUCACCCCGUGGCCAAAUACUUGGGCUCAGUGGACAGUAGAUACAGCAGUUCCUUCCUUGAUUCUGGCUGGAGAGAUCUGUUCAGUCGCUCAGAGCCCCCAGUGUCAGAGCAAUUGGACGUGGUGGGGCGCGUGAUGCAGUAUGUCAACGGGGCGGCCACGACACACCAGCUUCCGGUGGCUGAAGCCAUGCUGACCUGCAGGCACAAGUUCCCUGAUGAAGACUCGUAUCAGAAGUUUAUUCCCUUCAUUGGUGUGGUGAAAGUGGGUCUGGUUGAAGAUUCUCCCUCCACAGCAGGUGAUGGGGACGACUCGCCUGUGGUCAGCCUUGCCGUGCCCUCCACCUCACCGCCCUCCAGCUCGGGCCUGAGCCGAGAUGCCACGGCCACACCUCCCUCCUCCCCGUCCAUGAGCAGUGCCCUUGCUAUUGUGGGGAGCCCCAAUAGCCCGUAUGGGGACGUGAUUGGCCUCCAGGUGGACUACUGGCUAGGCCACCCCGGAGAGCGGAGGAGGGAAGGUGACAAGAGGGACGCCAGCUCGAAGAACACCCUCAAGAGCGUCUUCCGCUCGGUGCAGGUAUCCCGCCUGCCCCAUGGCGGGGAGGCCCAGCUUUCUGGCACCAUGGCAAUGACUGUGGUCACCAAAGAGAAGAACAAGAAAGUUCCCACCAUCUUCCUGAGCAAGAAGCCCCGAGAAAAGGAGCUGGAUUCUAAGAGCCAGGUCAUCGAAGGCAUCAGCCGCCUCAUCUGCUCUGCCAAGCAGCAGCAGACUAUGUUGAGAGUGUCCAUCGAUGGAGUCGAGUGGAGUGACAUCAAGUUCUUCCAGCUGGCAGCCCAGUGGCCCACCCAUGUCAAGCACUUUCCAGUGGGACUCUUCAGUGGCAGCAAGGCCACCUGAGGCCCUGUCUCCUGGCCACUCUCCCUCCUGGCACUGCCACCAGCCUCACCGCCUGCGGGCAGGGGGGGGCAGCAGGCCUGGGCCCAGCCUCCCCUUCUCCUUUGCCCAGUCCUGAAGGACACUGGGGCCUGCCUCUCCCUUGCCCAGUCCUGAAGGACACUGCCACUGGGGACGCCGCCUUCCCCCCCGCUGCUCAGGCUCCCCCUGCGCAGCCCCCCGCGGCCCUCCUCUCUCCCUGCCCCUUCUCCCUCCUGCUCCAGGCCGGGGGUGUGUUGGUUUUGCCUUCUGGUGCCCAGGGUCCCUGAAUCAAGGCCUCCGGACCUUCCUUCCCCCCAGCUGCCAACUUCUUUCUUGUGGCACCAGUUCCCCUCCUGGAAGGAGGACACCAGAAUCCUGGUCCACAGAGGAGAGCCCAGUCCUCUCUCGGCCCCUCUGGCCACCAGACUCUCCCUCGCUGAGGCCCAGCUGCCAGAUCCACUUGUCCCACCACCUCAGGUGGGGCCCAGGGCCACGUCCCACUCCUUAGGGCUCUCCACCUGCCCUGCAGCUUCCUCUCGGAGGGUGAGGGGCGCCCUGAGCUGAGGGCCCCCAUUCCACAGUUCACAGAGCGGGAGGCGGCCCCUUGCCCCAGGACCCUGUUUCUGUGGCGAUGCGCUGUGCUUCGAGGAAGGAGGGGCCUCCCGGUCUCCCCUGUGCACGACUUCCUUCCCACCCACCAGGUCCCCUGUAGAUGUCAUGUGUGUCCUAAGUGUUUCUCUGGUUCUUUGCACGGCCGGUCUCUUGGUUGUUCCGUGUGACGCGCCUUGUGCAGCAGUCCCUGUCCUGUGGCUCCCCCCCUUGCUGGUAACACUCCUCCCUCCGCCUCCCAGCCCAUCUGCCCCAGCACAGCACUCGGAGAGAUGGGAGGCAGACCCCUGCCAGCGUUGUGACCGUGGCCCCCAGACAUCCCAGUUAUCCUCCCCCCGUGUUGAUUUGUCUGCCUUUCCCUGCUCUGUUCUUCCCGUCCUCAGGCCCUGGCCUGGGUACAGACCCACCUCCCCGCCAGGGCUCCCUCCAGCAGGCUCCACCCCCCCUCUCGCCACCGACUGGGGUCUGAACCCCUCAGCCUUGCCGCGUCUGUGUUCUCAGGAGAGGCUGAGGAUGCAGGGCCCAGCCCCAGACCUCCGUGCCCCGCCAGCUCCCCUGGAGCUUUUCUCUCGCCCUCUCUCUCCUUCCUAGAAGUUUUUGCACAGAACUUCAUUUGAAAGUGUUUUUCUCAUCUUCCACACCCCCAACCCCUCCCACCCUUCCCAGGCUCAGCCCUGCUGUCCAGAGCGUCUCCUGGGCCAGAGAGAGGAGGAGGGGAAGGGACCGAGUCGAUGUUGGGUUUUACAUUCAAUAAACUGGUGAUUUCGUACCGAC